AUGCAACGGAUCACUGUUCUAGCUGCCUUUGCAGCAGUGCUGUGUAUUGUCAUGGGGAGACCAGGCGAUGUCUUCCCUCAAGCAGAGGUGUGGGAAAACAUCGACUUACAUGAGGUGCUCAAGGAUCUAUCAGAGGAAGCCAAACAGGAAUGGUCAAAGAUAGGUAGCAACACUGAAGGAACUGCAGCACAGCGAAGGGAGGCGGAAAACGGAUGGGCAAAGAAAUUUGGUGUAGAGGUGAGAGGGCUGAAAGGCAGCCUUUGA